AUGUUCAGGAAAGGGAAGUUUGUUUCACCAAUACCGUACCAGCUGCCAAGUACAGCGGAUCAUGUUUAUACUUCUCUGGCAGCUCGUCGUUUACCCAAAUCUGGGCAAGUAUUCUGUUGGGUUCAGACUUCAAUAACUUAUCAUGGUACAAGGGCACUGGCUAUAAAUGAAACGUGGCUGCCUCGUUGCGAUCAUGGCGAAUUCUUUACCGAUCAUCAAUUUUCAAUGGAAAACAUUGCUUAUUCAACAGUUUUCGCAGGAUUCCCUGAUUCCUACUUGACCCUUUUCUACAAGACUCGCUAUGCAUUUCAUUACAUUUAUAAUUAUGUAUCCAAAGAUUUCGAGUGGUAUAUAAGGGCAGACGACGACACCUACGUUGUUAUGGAACAUUUAAAAAGCUAUUUAUCAACACUUGACCCUAAUAAACCAUACUAUCUUGGUUAUGUCCUCAAACCUCGACUGGAACAUGGUUACAACACAGGGGGAUCCGGUUAUGUACUCUCAAGAAAAGCUUUGCAGAUCUAUAACGAUCUUCUCUACAAUAAUAAAACACUUUGUCCCAAUUCACUUGCCGAGGACGUGAUGAUGGCAAGAUGUCUAGCGAAUGUGGGUAUUUUCCCGCAUGACACUAGAAAUAGCCUCGGACAAAAUCGUUUCAAUGCUUUUACACCUUAUGAUGUUUUCUACGCUACACAUUACCAUCCAAACUGGACCUACUUUCCGGAGAAAAGGGGAUACGAUGGAUUCGCUUCGGAUUUUAUCUCAUUUCAUCACUUGAAACCAGACGAAAUUCGUUUAUUUGAUAUUUUACUCUACAGAACUAAUCGAUCUAUCAAAACAACAAUUACAUCCUAG